AUGUCGUCACAACCGGAUAUGAACAGUCUGCUGCACAACAUGUGUGCACAGAUUCAGGCGUUAACGAAUCAGCUCGCCGAGAUUCAAGCCGCCCCAGCAGCGGAAUCUACGGUUGCGCAAAAGUUCAACAAGAAAGUCGAGAUCGUCGCUGACCCCAGCGCUUUUGAAGGAGAUAGGGCGCAAUUUGCCAAAUGGUGGAUCAAAGUAAACUGGGACACGUUCGCUGAUGAGUUUGAAAUAGCGAUGGCUGUGCUGUCAAGACUGAAAGAACCUGUGGCGGGUCAAUAUGCCCAAGUAAGAAUGCAGGAGUGCUACACAACGGGAGUGUGGCCUACCUGGGAUGAUCUCAAAGUCGAGAUCGAAAAAUACUUCAAACCCCAAGCUGAGCGUGACUGGGCGCAUCAGCAAAUCCGUACCUUCAAACAAGGAAACAUGAGGACGGAUGACUUUGUUACCUGGUUCCUGGCCCUCUCCAUCCAAGGGGGUCUAGGGAAUGAACAUGCAGUGGAGUUGUUGGAGCGCAAUGUAUCACCGGCCAUUGCCCGACAGCUCUACAUGCAAGAUAUGCGGAGCGAGAACCUUGCAGCAGCUGCUGAGGAGGUUCAAAAAAAUGGUAGGGCCAUAGAGCUCUACGAUAUGCAAUUUGGUGGUGGGUCCACCACCAAAAACAAUGUAUCCCAGAGGUGCCCUGGGUCAUCAAACCACCAUAAUCACUCUGACGGGUUUAAGCUGUUUGGGCUGCAACCAGGGCAGGGAGCCCCUAUGGAUAUUGGUGCGGUCCAGGGCGGACAGAUGUGCAGAUUCAAAGGGAACUGCUACAAUUGCGGCCAAGAGGGACACAUGUCCCGAGAUUGCAGAAAUGGGGCGCAGGCUGCCCAACAAAAAAAUAAUCAAGGGUGCCAGGCGCACCAACUGCCCCUGCUCCGGGGUGUUGCACGAGCAAUAAUGGAAAGAAGGGGAUGGCUCCCCAAUUUGUAA